CUGCUGCGAAGCUCUCUAAUAUUGAAAAAAGAGAGACCCAACCCCCAACACACACCACCCUCUCACAGUCUCACUCCCUCCUUUUUUCGGGUCUUGCAAGCGACUUUUCAUCCUUCCCUUUCUUCCCAUUACCUCAUCCGUCUGAUCCGAUUCUCUCUGCCUAUUAUUUAACAUUUCUUUUUUCCUUUCCCUUUUCUUUCCCCAAAAGUAAAAGGAGAAUAUUAGACAAAGUGGUCUCCCACCCACCUCAUUAAACCAGUCAAUACCUUAUGCACCAUACCUCUAUUAAAUUCUCACCCAAACAAUCAAUCUGAUUCUCUUCUCCAACACUUCUCUAACCGACAUUAAAUUUCCACACGUUGUCAAAUCUUUCUUCUCUAAUCAAAAUAAAUGGUCAUCAGUUCUGAAUAAGGAACACCUAUUGAUUAUCACAAACACCAGUCACAGAAGAUACAGAGAAAAUCAGGAGAUGGGUUUUGUCACUUUACUGUUUCUCUCUUUACUUGCUUCUUUCUCCAGUGCAGAGAUCUCAAACAAGCUCGGAGUAAACUAUGGCCAGCUGGGAAAUAACCUACCAUCUCCAUCAAAAUCCGUAGAACUGAUCAAAACCCUAAAAGCCAAACGCGUGAAGAUCUACGAUGCCAACCCAAAAAUUCUCAAAGCCCUCAAGGACACCGACAUUCAGGUCUCGGUCAUGGUCCCGAACGAGAUCAUUGCCAACAUUUCCACCAACCAAACACUCGCAGACCAGUGGGUCCACACAAAUGUCGUCCCCUUCCACCCCGAAACCAAGAUCCGAUACAUCCUCGUCGGGAACGAAAUCAUCAGCUCCACCGGCAAGCCGACGUGGCUGGCUCUCGUCCCGGCCAUGCGCCGAAUCCAGAGUUCGGUCAAAUCUUUCCGCCUCAAAAAGAUCAAAGUCGGCACGCCGUCGGCCAUGGACGUGUUGGAAUCGUCUUUCCCACCUUCGAACGGAACGUUUCGGUCCGAUGUAUCGAAUUCGGUCAUCAAGCCGUUGUUGCAGUUUCUGAAUCGGACCAAAUCGUUCUUUUUCUUGGAUGUGUACCCGUUUUUUCCAUGGGCUUCGGACCCAACCAAUAUAAAGCUCGACUAUGCUCUGCUAAAGCGGACGAAUAUAACGUACACGGACCCGGGUACGGGCUUGACCUACACCAACUUGCUCGAUCAAAUGCUCGACGCUGUCAUAUUCGCCAUGAAACGGAUGGGUUAUCCGGAUAUCCGUUUGUUCAUAGCGGAAACGGGUUGGCCCAAUGGUGGUGACAUUGACCAGAUCGGUUGCAAUAUUUACAAUGCUGCCACUUACAAUCGGAAUGUUAUAAAGAAGCUGACGGCUAAACCGGCGGGUGGGACACCAGCUCGACCGGGCACGGUUUUCCCGGCUUUUAUUUUUGCCUUGUAUAACGAGAACCAGAAGGGUGGGGCGGGUACGGAGCGGCAUUUUGGGCUGUUGUACCCGGAUGGGUCGAAUAUUUAUGGGAUUGAUUUGUCGGGGGAGACACCGGAGUCGGAGUUCAAGGCAUUGCCAGAGCCGACGAAUAACGAGCCUUACAAAGGGAAGAUAUGGUGUGUGGCUGCUAAAAGGGCGAAUGUGACCGAGUUGGCGGGAGCAUUAACUUAUGCAUGUGGGCAGGGUAAUCGGACCUGUGACCCGAUUCAACCCGGGAAGAAGUGCUAUAAACCGAUUUCAGUGGCUUGGCAUGCGAGUUAUGCUUUUAGUUCUUACUGGGCUCAGUUUAAGAAGUUUGGUGGGACCUGUUACUUCAAUGGGCUUGCUAGGCAAAGUGCUAAGGACCCAAGUUUUGGAUCUUGCAAAUUCCCAAGUGUUUCUCUCUGAAGACGUGGCAAACAUUUUUAGGAAGGGCAAUUCAUAAGAGAGGUUGUUACAAUAAUAUAUCUGCUCUUUCAUUGAUUCCUUCUCGGACAGCGACUUGGUCUCCCCCAUUUAUUUAAGACAUAACAUCAAAAGGUCUGCUUUAUUACAUGGGACAUGCGUUCGCCAACUCUUUAAUUUAGAGGGACACCUCACCAGCUAGAGGAUUGAAAUGGGUCCCCCAAUUCACUAUCCAAUUGAUGAUGUCAGAGAUUCUUUUGUUUUUGUUGGACCUUUCUUAAUCAACUUUUGAUUAGUAUUAUUAGUUAUUGUGUUACUUAUAUAGAGGAUGGUAACGGCUAUAAUUUUUGUUCUGGAGGAUUGACCAACGGCUAGAUUUGUGUGUUAUAUUCACUUAUUUGUUAAUGUCAAGAACACUUGCAACGGCUA